AUGGGAAGAGCGAAAGUUCUAGUUGAGGUUAAAUUAGACAAACCAUUCCCUCAGAGAGUUGCCUUAGUUGAUAUAAGUGAUGCAAUCACAAUGGUGGAUGUGUUAUAUUCUUGGUUGCCUACUGUUUGUAGUGAUUGUGGUCACUUAGGACACAAAGCCUCUCGUUGUUUACUGAGAACUUCAAGUCCGGUGGUUCAUAAGAAAACUCCAAAGGAAGCUACAAGCUCUGUUUUGCCACCAGUUACAGAAAUUGCAGGGGCUGGAACUGCCAAAGCUCUGGAAAACCCUGAAACCAUCCCUUCAGUAGAGAAAUCAACUCCGGUUUCUCUCACUCUCAUCCCACCCAAUGAUGCGACUCCAACUUCAACACCAGCUACAAGUAACAUUUCUUCUUUUCACAAAAUUUUAUCUUAUCCUCAGGGAACUUCUUCUUCACCGGUUAUCAACCCUGUUAUGGCCUCAACAAAAGAGGCAUCUGCUUCUAAACAAGCUUCACUCUCCUUUGUGGCAUCUGCUUCUAAACAAGCUUCCAUCUCCCCUGUUCAGCCUGAACACAGUAUUCGCAGGACUUUGUCUAGCGCCUCUUUGAGAAACAACAGAUUUGCAUCUUUGGAUUCUUCUGAAGAUGAAGAUGAAGAUGACAGCGAAGUCCCACCACCACCCGAUGUGCCUGAAAAUUCGAUGUUCUUUACGCCUUCGGGAAAAAGAAUCCUUCGGGAACGACCGGUUCCAUUGUCAACAAAGGCUAAAGAAAUGCAAGCCGUAGUCCGAGGACGUGGUAAUCGAGGUCGUGGUAGUAGAGGUGGUCGUGGCUAG